CAUUUUCAUUGUCUCCUCCCUUAUCUCUCGAGCUGAUCCACUGCUCUACUCCCCCAUUAGAUACUGUAACGUUAUCAAUAGCUAGCCACCACCAUCAAAUAGCUAGAUAUGGACGAUUUUGACAUGCUCAGCGCACCACAGGCUGCGGCCGGCAAUGGGACGGACGAAGACCCCGCUGCCGCAUUCUUGGCCCAGCAAGAAAGCGAGAUCGCGGGGAUUGAGAAUGACGAAGGAUUCAGCAUCCUGGACAGCGGAGAGGUUCCAACGUCGCUAGACAAUAAUCUGACAGGCGAUGCAAACGAUGCAGUGGACGGUGCUGUCAAUGGAGACUUUAAUGAGGAGAGCAAUGGCCCGUCUGAUGCAUACUCCGCCAUCUCCAGUGCCGACCGGCUGCAGGCUGAGCCAGAGAGCCUGCGUAAAUGGAGGGAGGAGCAGAGAGAGAGGCUGGAGGUCCUAGACGCUAACUCUCGUAAGCAGGAGUCUGAGUGGAAGGACAAGGCCAAGGUAGAGCUGGAGGAGUGGCACACUAGACAGGACGAGCAGCUGGAGAAGACUAAAGUGAAUAACAGGGUUCUGGAUGAGGAUUUCUACAAACAGCCCUUCUCUGACCUGAUUGGUUAUGUCACACACAUUAACCAUCCUUGCUACCGCCUAGACCAAGCGGCCGAGGAGGCCAUGCUGUCGGACAUGGACGAGAACAACCCGGGCACCGAGUGGGAGCGCGUGGCGCGCCUCUGCGACUUCAACCCCAAGUCCAGCAAGCAGGCGAAAGACGUGUCCCGCAUGCGCUCUGUCCUCAUCUCCCUCAAGCAGGCCCCUCUGGUCCGCUAACCCCCCCCCCCCCCCCCCUUCGCUCUAUUAGAUCUCAAUUCAGUCCCUACCACUCCCCUUCGCACUAACCAUUCAUUCAGCGUUUGCAGAUCUGAAGGCUCUGGAUGCGUAAAAGCAGUGUCUUGGUGGAGCUUCCACGAUCCACCAUGUCGCUUUUCACCUUAGAGAUCUGUUAACGUUGAGGGGCCGAGGGGAAAGGGGGUGAAUUGAGACGGCUGUAUCUCUACCCUAACCCUCUCUGGACCCAGAUUGCAACCAACCUCUCAUAGGGCAAUGUAUCAUUCCCCCCCCCCCCCCCCCCCCCCUUACCUAUCUACCUACCUGAGGUCGUCGUUGUUCAUGGAUUGAUAUUAUUCCUCUCUUCCAUCUCCCUUUCCAUCAUUAAAGAACAAAAUAAGUAUAUACGCAUUUAUUUUUUGUUUCUAUUUUAAGGACCAAAGUCUGUUUUUAUUAAGUGUGUUGGAAACCCAUUUAGAGCCGGCUUGUGGCAUUUAUUGUGACUAUUUCAAUCUAUGCAUUUUUCCCAUUUGAACCACGAAUCAAGUAUGGUAAAUAUCUAUUUGUGUGUGUGUGUGUGUGUGUGUGUAAGCAUCAAGGUUGGGGUCAAUUCCAUUUAAAUUCUGGUCAAUUCAGAAAGUACACAAUUCCAAAUCAAAUUUUUGCUAAUUGAAAAGCAUUGAAGAGAAUUUGAAUUUCAGUGUACUUCCUGAAUUGCAACGGAAUUACCCCCAAACAUCAUGUGGUGUAUUAUGUACUCUAUAUGUGUGUACCUAUGUACAUAUACAGGCAAUAUAUAAAUUUACAUUGUGGUUAAGAUUUACUGUAGCCCAUGUGUUGCUUAAUGUAUUCGUUGUCCAUCAAUUUCAAUAUUAGUAAAACAUGAAACUUUU